AUGGAUCGUGGUGAAAAAUUUGCAAUGUUGCUUCAGCAUUUGGAAAAAUGUUCUGAAAGCAUUGUUUACUACGAUGAAAUUGCCUCUAUCGUACAACAAAUUCGACAAAUGGAAUCAAUUAUGGCACCAAUUCAUUUUCAUCCAAAUCAAGUUUUCGAUGAAACCAAACACGUUAUAGAUGUCAUUGCUAAAAAAUAUCUUGAAAAGGCGACUGAUAAUGUACAUCACCUUGUUCCGAUCAAAGUAGCAGCCGAUGGAAAUUGUUUAUACAAUUCAAUUCUUCUUGUGAUGAACAAUCUAAUGGUGACGGCGGAUGAAUUGCGUGUUCGGACAAUUAUCGAACUUAUGAUAAAUGAAGCUUAUUAUGAAAAUAUAUUCUCACAAUUUAUUGGAUCUGUCACGUUUGUUAUCAAAGCCAUAUGCAAAAAUAAUACAUUUUCUGAACUGUACGAAAUUAGUGCAUUAUGCAAUGUACUUCGAUGUAAUAUACGAAGUAUUUAUCCAAAAAUUGAUUUUCGAGAAGAUAUGGCAAUUCUAAACAAUGUCUUUACACCCCGUCCAUCUAUCAUUGCUAACUGUGACAUCACAAUUUUGUGGUCUCAUGUCUGGAAUGAGUUAGAUGCACGAGCUACGAAUAAUAAUGUGUGGAGUCCCAAUCAUUUUGUUCCUCUUAUGCAGUCAUUUGUAUAUGAUGAAUCUGAUCAUAGCAAUAUGUCAACAUCAAUUGCUGUGACUCCUGAAAAGAAAACGUUUAAGAACAAUACUUCAACUCGAAUACGAAGUCCUGAAUUUGAAUUGUCUCCUAGUAGACAUUUACGUACCGAAAAUAACAUGGGAACGAACUUUGCUCAAUCAAUUAUUUCAAAUGCACUACAACAACAUAAAAGUGGCAUAGAAAACCAACGUCAAGUUCGACUCGAUAUACUAAAAGAACGAGCUCUAACCAGCCGAAUGAACGAAACAACCGAACACCGACAAAUAAGACUUGAAAAGCAAAAAGAGCGAGAUGAUCUAAAGCAGAUGACUGAGACAGAAGAAGAACGACAAAUUCGGCUUGAAAAGAAGAAAGAAAAUGCUCGAUCUCAUCGUAGAAAUGAGACUGAAGAACAACAUCAAAUCCGACUUGAGAAGCAAAAAAUACGAGAUCAAUCGAGUCGAUCAAAUAAUAUAGACGAACAACGUCAGAUUCGACUUGAGAAGCAAAGAAAACGAAGCCAAGCGAAUAGAGCUAAAAAGAAACUUGAAAAGCUCGCGUCUGGUAACAUUGAUGUUCAACAACAAGAUAUCGAGAUGCAAUUUACUAAAACAGAAGAAUACGCAUCGUGUGAUGGCAAGAGCAUAAGUGGUUUUACACAAAAUUCAAAUGUUAAAAAGAAAAACUCAUCUUGUUCAC